CCCCAGGCCAGCUUUCUUUUAUAUCUCCAUUAUGACUUUUACCAACCGUGCUGCUUGGCUACAGGGCGAAAAGGUUCAUCCUAUGGUGGUAGAGGGUGGACCAACACCCGACCCGUCAGAAAACGAAGUGGUGAUCAAGGUUGCCUAUGCGGCAGUCAACCCAUCCGAUUGGAAGUGCCAGGACAGUGCCCUGCCACCACACAUCAAGUAUCCAUUCAUUCUUGGAUUAGACGUUGCUGGAACGAUUGCCCAAUUGGGGUCUAAUGUGACACGCUUCAAGAUAGGGCAGAGAGUGAUUGGUCACUGCGAUGGUCUUGGUACUGCUAAGGCCUCGAAUAUGGGGUUCCAACUCUACUCAACAACCCGAGAGAUCUUUGUUUCGCCCAUUCCGGACUCCCUGCCUCUGGAAAAUGCUGCAGUCCUCCCCUGCUCGAUCUCCACUGCAGCUACUGCCCUAUUUGUGCAUCUCAAAGUUCCAUUUCCUUCGUUGAAUCCAAAACCAGUUGGACAGAGAAUCCUGAUUUGGGGAGGUAGCUCAUCGGUUGGAUGUUCUAUGAUCCAACUUGCAGUUGCCGCUGGUCUCGAAGUUGUCACUACGGCCAGCGCUGCGAAUCAUGAUCUCAUGAGAUCUCUUGGGGCAUCUCACGUAUUCGAUUACCGUGAUGCCGAUGUCUCAGAGAGGAUCUUGAAGACCCUUAGAACUGGAGAUCUUGUCGUGGAUUCUAUCAGCACUGAAAAGACACAAACCCAAUGCGGAGAGAUACUUGGAAGACUGGGUGGCGGUAAGCUUCCAGUGAUGCUACCUCCAGCCGGCAAAUUCCCUGAGAAUGUGAAGGUGGUAUUUGUUAUUUGCAUUGAUCCGGGCUUCACAGCGCUAGAUGUGGGAAAUGCCGUAUGGCGAGAAUAUAUCCCUGAAGCACUGGCUGCAGGCAAAUUUCAAGCAAAGCCAGAUUCCAUCGUCAUUGACGGGGGACUGGAGACAGUACAGGAGGGUAUUGAUCUUCUACGAAAGGGGGUUUCGGCCACAAAAAUUGUGAUCAACUUGUCCUAGAGUCGGGAUUGUAUAUCAUGGAGCUUAUUCGUACUUAGCUUCAUGGAUGGUUAGAGUCUAUUUGAUCUAGAUCCUGG